AUGGGCCCUGACGUUGAUACAGAAUUACCUUUUCGGUAUUACCCUUUAUAUCUUUUGUUUGAAGAAAACACUAUGUUUGAAGAGGACAUUUUGUUUAAAGAGAAUACUUUGUUUGAAGAGAACGCUUUGUUUAAAGAAGAUGCUUUGGUUGAAAAAAACGUUUUGUUUGAAGGGGAUUUUAUAAGUAAAACUCAUUCGAUUG